GAAACCCGGCACGCGGGGGCGGGACCGCGCGGGCCGGAGGCAGGAGGCGGGGCUCUCCCCGGCCGCCGCCGCUGCUGCCGCCGCCGCCGCCGCCGCCGUCCCCGCCGCCGCGCAUUGUGCAGCAGGCGGGCCCCCGCGCGGCAAGGGCCCUGGACCGGCGCGGCUCCCGGGUAUGGUGAGCAAGGCGCUGUUGCGCCUCGUGUCUGCCGUCAACCGCAGGAGGAUGAAGCUGCUGUUGGGCAUCGCGCUGCUCGCCUACGUAGCCUCUGUUUGGGGCAACUUCGUUAACAUGAGGUCUAUGCAGGAAAACGGUGAACUCAAAAUCGAGAGCAAGAUUGAAGAGAUUGUGGAACCACUAAGAGAGAAAAUCAGAGAUUUGGAGAAAAGCUUCACCCAGAAAUACCCGCCAGUAAAAUUUUUAUCCGAAAAGGACCGUAAAAGAAUUUUGAUAACCGGAGGAGCAGGGUUCGUGGGCUCCCACCUCACGGACAAGCUCAUGAUGGAUGGCCAUGAGGUGACUGUGGUGGACAACUUCUUCACUGGCAGGAAGAGGAAUGUGGAGCACUGGAUCGGCCACGAGAACUUCGAGCUGAUUAACCACGAUGUGGUGGAGCCACUCUACAUCGAAGUUGACCAGAUAUACCACCUGGCCUCUCCGGCCUCCCCUCCAAACUACAUGUAUAACCCCAUCAAGACGCUGAAGACCAAUACAAUCGGGACGUUAAACAUGCUAGGGCUGGCAAAACGAGUCGGUGCUCGCCUGCUCCUGGCCUCCACCUCGGAGGUGUAUGGAGAUCCUGAAGUCCACCCUCAGAGUGAAGAUUACUGGGGCCACGUGAAUCCAAUAGGACCCCGAGCCUGCUACGAUGAAGGGAAGCGCGUUGCCGAGACCAUGUGCUAUGCCUACAUGAAGCAGGAAGGCGUGGAAGUGCGGGUGGCCAGGAUCUUCAACACCUUUGGGCCACGCAUGCACAUGAACGACGGCCGGGUCGUCAGCAACUUCAUCCUGCAGGCGCUACAGGGCGAGCCGCUCACGGUGUACGGAUCCGGGUCGCAGACAAGAGCGUUCCAGUACGUCAGCGAUCUGGUGAAUGGCCUCGUGGCUCUCAUGAACAGCAACGUCAGCAGCCCCGUCAACCUGGGGAACCCAGAAGAACACACAAUCCUAGAAUUUGCUCAGUUAAUUAAAAACCUUGUUGGAAGUGGAAGUGAGAUUCAGUUUCUCUCCGAAGCCCAGGAUGACCCACAGAAAAGAAAACCUGACAUCAGAAAAGCGAAGAUGAUGCUGGCAUGGGAGCCCGUGGUCCCGCUGGAGGAAGGUUUAAACAAAGCUAUCCACUACUUCCGCAAAGAACUUGAGUACCAGGCAAAUAAUCAAUACAUCCCCAAACCAAAGCCCGCAAGGAUAAAAAAAGGACGGACACGCCAUAACUGAAAACCUCACUUCUCGGGACGGGAGACUCCCUGUUUCACACUUGAUGGGAUGUAUUUUUUUUCUUUUCUUCUUCUUCUUCUUUUUUUUUUUUUUUAAAGGAAAGACUUAAAACAGGUGUCAUGAAGAACAAACUGGAAUUUCAUUCUGAAGCUUGCUUUAAAGAAAUGGAUGUGCCUAAAAACUCCCCUCCAAAAACUGCAAAUUUUGCCUUGCACUUUUUAAAAUCUGUCUUUUUAUGUAAAAUAGCGUAGAUGCAUCUUUGCGUAUUUUCACGUUUUUUAUCUUGCUACGAGAGCAUAUGUUGUGACUGUCGUUGACAGUUUUAUUUACUGGUUUCUUUGUGAAGCUGAAAAGGAACAUUAAAUGGGGUGAAAAUGCCAAUUUUAUUUAUAAAAGUGGGUACUUAUAAAUGAGACGUUGUACUAUGCAUAAAGGAAAAAAAAAAAAAGCAAACUUAAGCAGUGUUGUCAGUUGGGUGGCACACCGGCAUUUAUUCCUCAGGCAGAUAAAAGAAUUCUGUUUGAGGGCUUUAUGUUUCUUUUAAUUCAGAAUUUUUCCAAGGUCUCGUUUUUAGUUGCAAACUGGACUUUGAAAUACUUCUGUUGGUUAUCACGAUCAAGGAUAUUCGAAAUCACUACUGUGUUGUGCUGCAUAUUUGGGGUGGGGGUGGGGGGACAAAGUUAACGUAUUCUUGGUUAACGGUGGUUAAAUAUAUGCUAUUUUAAUAAAAUAUUGAAACCCA